AUGUCGUCCCCCGCAACGUACAUUUUGCUGAAGACGUUCUACUACCUGCAGAAGAAGCCGUAUUCGGCUGUAACGGUCCAGAUAGACCGCCUCACGAGCGAGCAGUACGACGAGAAUGACCUGGCGGGCAUUGUCGACCUGGUCGAGGUUAUUCGCAUUCAAGAGUCAGGCCCGACGGAAGCCGCACGUGCAAUCCGCAAAAAGCUGAAAUAUGGCAGCGUGCACCGCCAGCUUCGCGCGCUGACUAUUCUCGAUGGCUUGAUUCAAAACGCUGGGCCGCGGUUCCAGCGUGCAUUUGCUGACGAGCCCCUCCUUGAGCGGCUACGUAUCCUCGCUCGCGACGACAUGGUCGACGCCGAUGUCCGGGCGAAAUGCAACGUUCUUUUCCGGCAAUGGGCUGUUGCAUACAAAGGCAAGCCGGGCCUUGAAAGAAUCGCCGCACUCUACAAGCAACUGCCCCAAACGAGAAGGCCCCAGCCGCAUCAGUCCAAGGUGAUCAAGGAGACUGAAGCCGACGCCGAUAGCGUUCCGUCUUCACCCAUUACCGACAGUCGCCCUUCUCACAGCUCUUCCAGCGCUGCAACUUCGUCGACAAAGGUUUCGUUCACGCCUGCUGCGCCCGUGAGCACGUCUUCGUCCUUCUUUAGCCACAGAGAGAAGAAGCACAAGAAGUCCAAGUCGCAGCCAUUCAACCUCGAAAGGGAGAAGCCAAAGAUGAUGGAGACCAUAGCCGCAGCAUCCGUGGCCAGCACCAACCUCUUGAAUGCCCUUCAGCUCAUCAACCGCGAGCAGCAGCGUGUGUCGGAGAACAACGGAGUCGUCAAGCUGUUCGACAACUGCAAGCAGCUGCGCCGGCAAAUUCUGCGCUACAUCCAGCUCGUUGAGUCGGACCAGUGGAUUGGCAGUUUGUUGAGCGCUAACGAUGAGCUCGUAAAGGCCCUUAUGUCGUAUGAAAUUAUGGACAAAUCAAUCUCAGAUGACAGUGACUCUGAGACCGAGGCGCGCUCUGUGCGCUCACCAGGGUCUCCGACCUCGCCUACGGCCGCUGCAACCGAAAAGAUGGCAGGCCUGAACUUUGGAGAAAGCCCGCCACCGAAGCCGCCGAGGCCUGGAAAUGCCCCCACGCCUUUUGGCAAGCAGAGAGUGGAGGAGAGCGAGAGCGAGCCGGAAGAGGAAGAGGACGAAGACAACCCGUUCGCAGACAGGAACGCGGUCAAAACCCCUUAUACGGACUCUGGGGAGAUGAAAUGGUGA